AUGGCAACAAUGAACUCUAUCGCCAUGGCAACAAUGGAAUUAGUCACUGAUAGAAUGACCUCAUCUCAGUUCCUCUGUGUGUGUGUCUGUGAGGACUCUCUUCUGGGACGGAUGUCGGACAACAAGCCCAAGAACAAAAUGGCGUCUAAAAGUGGCUCUACGAAGGAGACUUCUAAAGCACCGACAAAGGACACAAAGGAAAACUCCACUGAGAACAUGAACGUGUUUGCGGCGCUCGCUGACUACAAACUGGAGUUCAAAAGCUCUCAGAAGAAACUGGAGAACGUGCAAGUGGGACUAGAGCGACACAGAAGGAAGCAGGAGGCCAUGAGCGAGCAGAUUAAAGGCCUUACGCAGGAGAAGACCACGCUGCAGCAGAACUGUGACAAGCUGAGCGGACGAUGUCGCUACUUGGAGGCGGAGUUUAACAAAGUCACCAAAGAGAACUGUCAUGGCCAGAUUCCCAGCAUCAGGAGAUUUACAGAACGCACGGCUGGUUCGGGCGUGAAGAAGGCCUGCGACGACGUGGAGCUGUACAAGAUUCACAACCGUGAGCUGAGGGACCAGGUGGCCACCAUCCCUCUGCUGAAGAAGAACCUGGAGAACAUGCAACUCAAGGACAAGAAGCAGACACGGCAGCUCCAGGAAACACUCUCAGAGCUGGAAGAAGUCCAAUGA